AUGGACGGAGUGGGAUCGUUCGGAGCGGGCCGGACCGGGUCUACCAUCGACCCGCUUUCCUUUGCCAAACAGCCGCAGACCAUUCUCAGAGUGCUGUCCUGGAUUUUUUCCCUGGUGGUCUUCGCCUCCAUUCUAAAUGAAGGUUAUGUGAACAUGGGUAGCGAGCGUCUCCACUGUGUCUUCAACAAGAAUGCGGACGCAUGCAACUACGGUGUGUUCGUGGGCCUGGUGGGCCUGCUGGCAUGUUCCUUCUUCUUCUUGGUCGACUUCAAGUUUUCCUCCAUCAGCUCUGUCAAAGACAGGAAGAAGGCUGUCAUGCUUGAGAUCGGCUUCUCAGGUUUCUGGACCUUCCUGUACUUUGUAAGUUUCUGCUUCCUGGCAAAUCAGUGGUCUCGGACCACGGCUGACGAGCUGCCGCUCAACCAAGGGGCAGAUGCAGCCCGUGCUGCAAUCGCCUUCUCUUUCUUCUCCAUAAUCACCUGGGCUGGCCUAACAGUGCGUGCAGUCCAGAAGUAUCUGCUGGGUACAGACAUGACCCUUUUCACCACGGAGCACAUGGACGGCGGCGCGCCCACUCAACCGUACCCCUCCAAUUCACCAGUAGGCGGCACCACCGAGACUACAGAGACCUACCAGAGCCCGCCCUUUACCGAGAACAACGCAGCUCCCACAUACCAGGUUCCCAUUUACUAAAUGAGACAGACCUGAAGGAGGAAGAGGAAGAUGGGGAGAUGGAAGAAAGGAAAGUUCAAGAUAUUUGCUUUCUGUGAUGUUACACGUGCAGUUGUUUUGAUCUGGGCUGAG